GAAAUUUUCAGUUUCUCCGAAAGAAACACGAAAGAGAAAAAGGAGUGAUCCUCAAUUUCGGCGAAUCGGCAGAAUGGGAAGAAAUAUCGUCGCCCAGUGGCGUCUACUCCGGCGAGUCCUCGACGACGGCUGGCGGAGAGGUCCACGUUAUCGCAAUUAUUCUAUUUUCAGUCGCUCUGGAACACCUCUUGGAAGCUGGUCAUCAUCAUCGUCUUCGUUGCCCAAGUUCCUCUUCAGCUCCUCCGGUCCCUCCCUUCGCGACGUGCCGGACUUUCAUUCCCCCAGUGUACAUUUCCAGCACUGUCGAUCUCUAUGCUCAGCGUCAGAUCCUUCGAACAUUAUCUUGAUAAAAUCUGAAGAUCAAUUCAACAAGUCACUUAGCAAAGCACAAGAUGAAGCCUUGCCGGCAAUUUUUUACUUCACAGCUGCCUGGUGUGGUCCUUGCAGAUUAUUAGCUCCUGUAAUCAAAGAAUUGAGUAAGAACCAUCCUCAGGUGACAACAUAUAAAAUUGACAUUGAUCAGGAAGGCCUCGAAAGGACUUUGAACAACUUAAAUAUUACCUCUGUGCCAACACUUCAAUUCUUUCAGAGUGGCAAAAAGGCAGGGGAAAUUGUCGGUGCUGAUGUUGCAGGCAUAAAAAAUAUGAUGGAGAAGCUUUACAAAUGAGCUGACGUAUUUUGCUUAAUCCCUCCUCAAAGCAGGUUUACGAUUUGGCACGUAGGUUCUGGAACCAGUCCUACUAUGAACUUUAGUUUUAUUAGUGUAAUGAAUUUUGAUAACCAUCAGAUCAGUGAUCGACUAAUAAAGUUGUAACCAGGUUUUCUUUCAUGUGAUGAUUAGCAGAGGUGAAUCCUUUUACCAAAAGUAUUUAAUGAGAGAACUGAUACAGAAUUAACUAUUCAAUGCAUUUACGGCACAUGCAUAG